AACAGCAGCAACAUGUUCAACAACAGCAACAUGCUCAGCAACAACCACAGUACCAACAAUACUUUUGAAAUGACUGAUAUCGACGAUGCCGACACCAAUUUCCAAGAACUUAAAGAGUCUUUGGUGAAUAUACGGAGUCGGAGAAGUGAAAUCCAGACUUUGAAUUAUCGGAACUCGCCGUUGUUGAAUUUGCCUACCGAAGUGUUAUUACAAAUCUUUCAUCAUUUAGACAGAAGGGACUUGUUUUCCCUAUUGACGGUAUGCAGAGAGUUCAGCGAAUUGAUCAUUGAAAUCCUAUGGUUUAGACCAAACAUGCAAAGCGAUAUGUCUUUCAAACACAUCAGGCAAAUCAUGAGCUUGCCACCCCAUACCACCCACUGGAAUUAUCGCUUAUAUAUUAAGAGGCUUAAUUUGUCGUUUAUGACCAAGCUCGUCAACGAUGAUUUACUCUCGUUGUUUAUAGGCUGUCCCAAGCUUGAACGGUUGACUUUGGUUAAUUGUAACAAAUUAUCCAGAACCCCAAUCAGUAAUGUAUUGGAUAGGUGUGAACGGCUCCAGUCGAUUGAUUUGACGGGUGUCACCGAUAUACAAGAUGACAUAUUCUUGACAUUGGCCAGGAACUGCCCUAGACUACAAGGGUUGUACGCUCCUGGGUGUGGUAAUGUCAGUGAAGAUGCAGUGAUCACCUUAUUAAGGGCUUGCCCCAUGCUUAAGAGAAUCAAGUUCAACAACAGUGAAAAUAUCACCGAUCACUCCAUUUUGGCCAUGUAUGAGAACUGCAAGUCUUUGGUAGAAGUCGACUUGCACAACUGCCCGGAGGUUACAGACUUAUACUUACGAAAGAUCUUUUUGGAGUUGUCUCAAUUGAGGGAGUUCAGGAUUAGUAACGCUCCAGGGAUCACCGACAACUUAUUGGGGCUUUUACCCAACUCUUUCUACUUGGAAAAGUUAAGAAUCAUCGAUAUGACUGGCUGUAAUGCCAUCACGGAUAAGUUUGUUGAGAAACUAGUGAUAUGCGCCCAAAGGUUGAGAAACGUUGUCUUGUCCAAGUGCUUGCAGAUCACCGAUGCGUCGUUGAGGGCAUUGUCAAAGUUGGGUAGAAGUUUACACUACCUUCAUUUGGGCCACUGUUUACUAAUCACUGAUUUUGGAGUCACUUCUUUGGUCAGAUAUUGUCAUCGAAUUCAGUAUAUCGAUCUUGCCUGUUGCUCUCAAUUGACCGAUUGGUCAUUGGCAGAAUUGGCCACUUUACCAAAAUUGAGAAGAAUAGGUUUGGUCAAAUGCCAUUUAAUAACUGACAACGGAAUAGUUGAGUUGGUCAGGCGGAGAGGCGAGCAGGACUGUUUGGAAAGAGUUCAUUUAUCUUACUGUACUCGUCUAUCAAUUGGGCCUAUUUAUUUGCUCUUGAAGACCUGUCCGAGGUUGACACAUUUAUCGUUGACGGGAAUUCAAGCAUUCUUGAGAAGAGAGAUCACCCAGUACUGUCGUGAGCCUCCUCCAGAUUUCAACGAAUACCAAAAGUCUUUGUUCUGUGUGUUCUCGGGAGAUGGAGUUAACCAGUUAAGAAAUCACUUACAACAAAUCAUGGAGGACAGAGCAUAUGCUUUAGACCAAGGCGAAGGACAACCGCAAUUGGAUAAUCCUCCACCCAUGGGCAAUUUUGGUGCUACCGGUACCAAUGACGAAGAAGGAAUAAGCUUAUGGGCUAGACAAAGAGGAUUGGGGAUCUUGAGAGACAACAAUGAAAUGACUCCAAAUGAAAUCCAGGACAUUAAUAGAGAAAUCUUCACAGAACUUACACAAGGGGAUGGGGCCAACAAUCAACAAAUGACACCCGGCGAACGUGCACAUCAGCAGUUGAGAGAAAAUUUCACUAGGUUCAUAAGAAGCCAAGAACAUCAGCGGUUCAGUCAACGAGCAAUGGCGUAUGGUCAAAGAAGAGGAGGAGUGCAGAUCAUGAAUGGAAUUGGAUCCAAUGCUCCUCAGAUUUCCCAACCGGCAGUGUUUCCUAAUGAAGGUCAACCUGAUAUUCCAAUUAUGAACGACGAUGAAGAUGGCGAUGUUGAGAUGUCCGCCACUGAUUUGUUUGGCGGCACUAAUAAUAAUGGGGCAUAAUAAUGACCCCCGAUAAUGCAUAAUUAUGUACUCGAUGUAUUUAAUUCAAAACACGAUUCCGUAUACUUCUCAAUAACAAUACCGGCUGCUAAUCUGUUUCAAUCUGAUUUUCACAGGAAUCUUGUUAUACUCUAUCAACUUCUUUGUUAAGUAUGUCAUAGUUUCAGGAAUUCUGGUGGUUGUUUCUCUGGAAAGGGUACUUACAUACUCCUUCAAGUAAAUCUCUUUUGACGAACUUCCGCUCAGUGAAUAUGUGAAGGAAACUGUGAGUGAACAAGGGGUCCUAGUGAUGAAAAUGGAAAAUGAAGUACUGGAUUUUGAUUCAUUGUUAGUGCUUGCGUCACAUGACUCACUUGUACCCGAGGAUUCGUUUGUGCCUUGAUAUCCCAGGGUC